AUGGCUCCAUAUACUUUUGAACUCUUCGCACCAUAUAACAAACAAGCUGGUCUUCGAUUGAAAAAUGCGAAUGCAAGGAUGUUUGGACUUGAUAUUCCAAUGAAAUUAAAUGAACAAGAUGGCUAUUGGCGUGUAACACUCGAUCUUGCUGAUGGUAUUUAUCAUUAUCAAUAUAAAAUAGUUACAAAAUCAUGGUUUGAACCAGAACCAGAACCUGCUCUACCAGAUUAUACAAAUGAUGAAACUAAAACUUUUGAGGAAAAUCAAGAGAAUCGUAAAAACUAUUAUAAUGAACAUGAAAAACUAGUUCAAGAAGUAAAAGAACGAAAUAAGAAACGAGAAGAAGAAAUCACAUUUACAGAAGUAUGGUACACAUUUGUUGAUCCAUAUGCGACCGAAGUUGAUGAACGUGGUUCUGAUGAUGCAUUUCGAUCAGUUGGCAUUCUUGUUUUUAAAAAUGGCAAAAAAAUAAUUGAUGAAUAUGAAUGGAAAUAUGAUAAUCAUGUUCCAUUAGUUUCAAAUGAUAAGCUUAUCAUAUAUGAAAUUCAUAUUGGUGAUUUUCAAGAUAAAUUUACAAAUGUAACAGCUAAAAUGGAUUAUUUUGUGGAACUGGGUAUUACAGCUGUCGAAAUAAUGCCAAUAAAAGAGUUUCCAGGAAAGAUUGGCUGGGGUUAUACUCCCAGAUAUUACCUGGCUGUUGAAAAUGCAUAUGGAACAACAGCUGAAUUAAAAGAAAUGAUUGAUGCGUUUCAUAAACAUGGAAUUCGUGUUAUUAUGGAUGGUGUCUAUAAUCACUGUGAUGUAUCCGCACCAUAUGCUGCAAUUGAUCAUGAUUAUUGGUUUCAUCAUGAACCUAAAGAUCGAGUGUAUUGCUGGGGACCAGAAUGGAACUAUGGGAGAUAUGAUGAAAAAUAUCAAGUUUGGCCUGCUCGAAAAUAUAUUGGUGAUUCAGUUCGAUAUUUCAUUAGCGAAUUUCAUACGGAUGGUAUCCGUUUUGAUGCAGCAACUCAAAUAAACAAUGAAGAAUUUCUUACAGCUAUCGCACAACAAUCAAGAGAACAGGCUCGUGAUCGUGGUUAUGCACCAAACUUUUUUUGUGUUGGUGAAUAUCUACCUGAUAAGGUUGAAUCAGUUAUGUCUAAUGGUGGACCUAUGGAUGCUAUAUGGCAUGAUAGUCUCUAUUGGAAACUACGCGAAGCUAUUGUUUUUGAUACAUUGGAUUGGGAAGAAUUAAAGAAUGUAACUGAUGGUCGUCGACAAGGUUAUAAAAACAUUACAGACAUUGUUAAUUAUCAAUCAAAUCAUGAUCAUGAUCGUUUACUUAUCGAACUUGGUAAAGAACGUCAAAUAUUUGAUGUAGAUGCAUUUCGUCGUGUUCGUAUGGCGUUCGCAUUUCAAGCAACAUCUUAUGGUCUCAUGAUGAUUUGGAUGGGAGAAGAGAUCGGUGAAUACAAAGAAAAAACUCCAGGUGUAGCAAAAUUAGAUUGGUCAUUGAUUGAAGAUCGUGUAGAUAAUUCAAAUGCUAUUAAUAAAGAACAAUUACAAUAUUACAAAGAUGUUAUUCAACUACGAAAAUUAAAUCCAGCAUUAACAACUCCUAAUCUUGAAUUCAUAUAUGACCAUAUAGAUAAUCAAAUUAUGGCUUGGUAUCGAUGGAAUACAACAGAUAAUGAUAUUCAAAAACAAGAAAAUCAUGUUGUAACUGUAUGUAAUUGGUCAUCAACAACAUAUGAACAAUAUGAAAUAUUAAACAUACCACGUAAUGGUAGAUGGUAUGAAUGGCUUAAUAAUGAUAAAGAAUAUAUUGCAGAAAAUAAUAAACUAACAAUUGAUAAUUUUAUCGAUCAUACCAUAAGAAUUUUUAUAUAUCAAACGAAAAGAUGUGAUAAUGAUAAACGUUCAACAGCUUGA